CUCUUUUUCUUCUAUCCUUUGCAUCUCUCUCUCUCUCUCACUCACUCAACCAUCACUCAAGCUACCAUCAAAGUACAGUAGAUCUGAGCCUACAUAUCCCGCUACCCGGCCCGCCUACUACGAUCCGGUUUUCUUUGAACUAGUAGAAUGGAUAUGAAGCAAACCACUUGCGGAUCUUUGCUGCAGCAACUGCAGCAAAUUUGGGAUGAAGUUGGCGAAAAUGACGAAGAGCGAGACAGGAUUCUUCUUCAAUUGGAUCAGGAGUGCUUGGAUGUGUACAAGAGAAAAGUUGACCUGGCUGUGAAAUCUAGAGCCCACCUUCUUCAGACAUUGGCAGAUGCUAGAGUUGAACUCACUAAUCUCUUAUCAGCUUUUGGAGAAAAGACUUAUGUCGGAAUACCUGAGAAGACGUCAGGAACGAUCAAGGAACAACUUGAAGCUAUAGCUCCUGCACUGGAUAAACUAUGGAAACAAAAGGAUGAGAAGAUAAAAGAGUUUUCUGAUGUUCAAUCUCAAAUACAGAAGAUAUCUGCGGAGAUUGCUGGAACUAGUGCCCAGGUUGAGAAUAUCACAGUUGAUGAGUCCAAUCUAUCCAUGAAAAAGUUAGAUGAGUUUAAUGCUCAGCUUCAAGAUCUUCAAAAGGAAAAGAGUGACAGGCUGCACAAGGUUCUUGAAUUUGUCAGCACAGUUCACGAUCUUUGUGCUGUCCUUGGCAUGGACUUCUUUACUACUGUCACAGAAGUGCAUCCAAGCCUGAAUGACGCCACUGGUGUUCAGUCCAAAAGCAUCAGCAAUGACACCCUAGCUGGGCUGGCGAAGACUGUUUUAGCACUAAAGGAAGACAAGAAGCAGAGAUUGCAAAAGCUUCAAGAAUUAGCAACUCAGCUAAUUGACCUUUGGAAUUUGAUGGACACCCCCCCUGAAGAGCGCAGCCUGUUUGACCACGUUACUUGUAAUAUUUCAGCUUCAGUGGAUGAAGUUACUAUUCCUGGGGCUCUUGCUUUGGACCUAAUUGAACAGGCUGAAGUGGAGGUUGAGAGGCUUGAUCAGCUGAAAGCAAGCAGAAUGAAGGAGAUUGCUUUUAAGAGGCAAUCUGAGCUUGAAGAGAUAUUUUCUCAUGCACAUGUAGAGAUUGAUGGUGAGGCAGCUCGAGAAAAGAUUUUGUCACUCAUUGAUUCAGGGAACAUUGAGCCUGUAGAGUUAUUGGCUGACAUGGAUAAUCAGAUACUAAAAGCAAAAGAAGAGGCUUUGAGCAGGAAGGAGAUAUUGGAUAAGGUUGAAAAAUGGAUGUCAGCUUGUGAAGAAGAAAGUUGGCUCGAAGAUUACAAUAGGGAUGAAAACAGGUACAAUGCUAGCAGAGGUGCUCACUUGAAUCUGAAGAGAGCUGAAAAGGCACGCAUCCUGGUUAAUAAGAUUCCAGCCCUAGUAGACAGCUUAGUAGCUAAAACUCGUGCUUGGGAACAAGAUCGUGGCAUUACGUUUACUUAUGAUGGUGUUCCUCUACUUGCAAUGCUAGACGAGUAUGCAAUGCUCAGACAAGACAGGGAGGAGGAGAAGAAGAGAAUGCGGGAUCAGAAGAAGUCCCAUGAACAGUUCACUAAAGACCCGGAAGCAUUUAGCACAACGCCAAGCCCAGCUCGACAGCCUAGCACGAAGAAGGCGGUGGGCCCACGUGCCAACGGAAGUGCCAAUGGAAGCUCCACUAGGCGUCAUUCGCUUAACUCUCACCAGAAUGGUUCGAGGUCUAUAAACAGAGAUGGGAAGAGAGACACGAGGCAGGUCACCCCAGUGAACUACGUGGCCAUGUCGAAAGAGGAUGCAGCAUCCCACAUCUCUGGGACGGAUACCCUGCCCGCCACACCAUAGGUGUUCAAAUCAAAACGUGUUGUUUAAUAAUAUAUAUGUAUAAUGUAUGUUGUUGAGAUACCGGAGUAGUGAUGAUACUUGUUAGUGAUUUGAGGGUAGAGUCUGCAUGAGGUGUAUGUUUUUAUAAGGAGGCUAACUGCUAGUACUUGAUAAUGUUCUUAGGCGGUUAUUAAUAUGAAAUAAAUAAAGAGCAUGACAGAGUGAGUGAGUUUA